GUAGGCUCAUGCCGCGCGCGCGCGCUUGAUCUAAUGCGCACACACACACACAUACAUAUACACACACAGAAAAAAGCGAGGUUUCUGGGAAUUCGUUUCCCGGAACGGUCGUCCGCUCGCACCUCGCGAGGGCGAUACGUUUACAGAAAAAACGUUUUUUUCUCUCGGCUUUCUCUCAGAAACACGUUAAACUGUCGGAGUGUUCGCUCGUCGUUUCGAGCGACUGUGUCAACAUUUCGGCUACUUUUCCUCGUUUUCUUUCCUCCGACGCUCUUUUGGCGCAGACAGCUCGGAGAUCGGCGUCGUUUAAGAUGUCGAGUGCUGAGGAGGCUUUUCUUCAUCGGUGAUUUGCUGCAGCUUUUGUCGCCAUAUUACGGAGGAGAACAAUGUCAGCAGCAGCAGCGGCUCUGGCUCUGGAGCGGACUCCGGUUAGCGGUCAUUCUCCGGUGUGCUGGAGUGAUUUAGGCUGUCAGCGGGGACACCGGGGGGACAGCUCGUGAUGCUCUUGUGUGUGCAAAGGGCUCCAUUGCCAGGGCCGUUCUCAGCGAUGGUUGCCGGGGGAAUGAGAGUUCAAAACGAUGGGGCGGGGUCUGAAGGCCGUUGUAACCAACUGAUCCCUGUACAAUCCAUCUCUCCUCAGUCAUGGGACCCAACAGAGGACCUACGCUGCAUCACCACUACAUUUCAGCACCUGCAUGCCUCAGGUUGGUACUGGGGGAGUAUUUCAGCCAGCGAAGCAAGGGAUGCUUUGGCAGGCAUGGCUGAGGGGACAUUCCUGGUGCGGGACAGCAGUCACCCACAUUACAUGCUCACCCUGUCAGUGAAGACAGCCCGGGGUCCCACCAACGUGCGCAUUGAGUACAGCAGCGGUCACUUCCGCCUGGACUCUAGCUCCCCUGCUCGCCCACGGCUGCUCUCCUUCCCCACCGUGCCCGGCCUAGUGCAGCACUAUGUGGGCACCGGUGGGAGAGAUGACAGGGGCAAGCCAGGGGAAGAUGCUUCAGUGGCACUUAAGGACAGCGCUAUCCUGCUGAAGCUCAGGCAGCCUCUUCACAGGCCUAAAAGCUUCCCCAGCUUACAGCACCUCACACGGCUCGCAAUAAACAGACAUGCAGCCUGUCCGGCACAGUUGCCCCUGCCGCGCCUGCUGCUGCUCUACUUACAGGACUAUCCCUUCCAAGUAUAAUGAGGAGCUUGGCUUCAGUCUGGGGUGCUAAAUGGACCACAUGUCUGUGCUCUCUUCUGGGAGAUAGCACUGGACAAGCACUCUUGAAGCUGGAAUUUUGGAAUAGUGUAACCAUGGUGACCAUGUGCAGUAGGAUUAUGGGUGGCUGGCUAAAGCCUGGCCACUCAUAAAAGUGGGUGCUAAAUGCUGUGACAGCUAAUUGUUAAGACAAUCAGGCCUAAAACCGGUGCUACACUGUCAAACUGAGCACAUUUAUAGUGCACCACUGAUUACUUAUAACUGAUCUGAGAUUAGAUAUCUCUCGUCUAGCAGACGAGUGUAGCAGAGUGCCUCAAUGAUUCCACAAAUUUACAGAAGACAUUUUCUAUUACAGUUGUAGCAAACAAAACAUGUACAUCUGCCUUUUUAGUCAUGCGUAAUUGUUCAUAUUUAAUGUAUUUAUUGACUAAGACUAUAGCACAAACCUUGACUAAAUAUCAAUUUCAACUUUCAAUACUGAAAUUUGCUCCAUGACCAUCAGCUGUCCACCAUGCCAAACAUUUGACGUAGCUUAUUGCUCCGGAGUACGGCCUGGACCCUGUGACCACAGCACUCUGAAAGUAUUCUGAUAAAAGUUCUGGAGGACCAGAGUGUGUUCUGGCAUUCUGAUAGCAAACACACUCUUAGAGUUUUAGAAAACAACUGGACUCAGAGCAGGUCAGCUGACCCUGCCUUUUGUUCAGACUGUCUAUGGAGAACUGGCUGAAGUCAGCUAUGAAGAACUGCUUCCUGCAUCCAGUUUCCAAAUGAACAAUAUUUGUUCAAAUGAAACGCAAUGCAACUUUACGAGGACUUCAUCGAGUUUAUUCUUGAAUGUUCUGUUUUGUAAAUAUUUGUAUUUUUAGUAAAACAAGACAUUUCUAUUAA